ACGAGGUAUCCGCCGAACCUUCAGAGUCAGACCGGGGAGUCCGUCACUAAGAGAGUGCUCAGCUCUGUCGACAGUGAGCAACAGAGCAAUGAAUCUGGGGUGAGUUGAGGAUGUCCUACUACGGGGUUGCAAGCGGACGAAGCCUCUUGUGCUGCGGUAAGCGAGGGGGUAGCGCGGGCGCACGGGCCAACGGGGACAAAGAGAACAGCAAGCGACUCCGACCUCCGUGGCUUCGACGUCUAGACACGCCUAACAAGAACACUCGUCAUCUGCACUCCCCAGAGCAGUUUGUUGAAGGUCUCGCAGUCAAUUUGUGCCGAACAGUGAAUUAUCAAUCUACAAAAUGGUCGUCCUUGCAGCGUCGAUAUGCACCCGCGGGGGCAAGGCAGUCCUUUCGCGUCAAUUCAGAGAAAUCGCUCGUUCCAGAAUUGAAGCUCUCCUCGCAUCCUUCCCUAAGCUAGCUGACUCUGGAACACAACAUACGACCGUGGAGCAAGAUAAUGUCCGCUUCGUCUACCAGCCCCUGGAUGAGCUAUACAUUGUUCUGAUCACAAACCGCCAAUCCAAUAUUCUGCAAGAUAUCGACAGCCUUCACCUUUUCGCCCAAGUCACCACCAGUAUCUGUAAGAGCUUGGAUGAAAGAGAGAUUGUGCGCAAUGCGUUCGAACUGCUUAGUGCGUACGACGAGCUGGUGACGCUAGGAUACAGAGAGAAUCUAUCACUUUCUCAGAUCAAGACAUUUCUGGAGAUGGAGAGUCACGAGGAGAGAAUUCAGGAAAUCAUCGAGCGGGUACGACUCAGCGAAAUGGCUUCCCAGACGACGCUUGCUAACUUUCCCUGUCAGAACAAAGAAUUGGAGGCCAGCGAGGAGCGCAAGAGGAAGGCCAAGCAGCUGGAGAUGCAACGAAAGGAGGCCGCCCGGAGCGGUCGUUCUAUGGCGCCUCGGACUCCAUCUUACCCUGUGUAUACGCCUCCAUCCCGCCCUGCUGUGCCCGAAACAUAUGACACCUACGAGGCAGAGAAGAAGAAGACCUUCGCUAAACCAUUACCUGUCCGUGGCAAGGGUAUGCAGCUCGGCAAGAAGUCGAAAACUACUGAUAUCUACGAGAAAGUCCGUGGUGACUUGGGCCCCGAGGCAGAGGAGGCCACCCCACUGGUGACCCCGCAGGCAUCGACCCCCGUUGCCGACACAGUGUCUUCUGCUCGGGCGUCGCUGUCUGGCGAUCGUGAACCUGUUCAUGUGACAAUUGCCGAAACUAUCUCCGCUACACUUACCCGGGAAGGAGCCCUCAGAUCGUUUGAAGUCAAGGGUGAUUUACAGCUUCGCAUUACCGAUCCCUCUUUCACCAAAGUCAGACUCGACCUCCUUGCAAUCCCCACGCAUGGCGCGCAGUUCCGCACCCAUCCAAAUGUUGACAAGGCUGUUUUCACAAAUGACUCCGCUAUCCAGCUGAAAGAUAUCACUAAGCGAUUCCCAGCCAACAACUCGAUUGGUGUUUUGCGCUGGCGUGUCGCUAGCUCUGGCUCUGACAACGCUGAAAUACUUCCUAUCACUUUUACCGUGUGGGUCAACAAGGGCUCUGAUUCGACUACAGUCACGGUUGAGUACGAACUCACUGGCUCUGACACCCUCCGGGACGUUGUCGUUACCAUCCCCUAUCAGACGGCCGAGCCCGCGGUGUCUAGCUUCGACGCGGUGUAUGAAGUAUCUGGCGACAGUCUUGACUGGAACAUUGGCACGGUGGACGAGAGCAACGCAUCCGGAAGCUUUGAGUUCGAGUCGAGUGGUGAUGGCGAUGAGAAUGAAUUCUUCCCAAUGAGCGUACGCUUCUCCAAGACCAGCCCUUUUGUGGAAGUCGAUGUCAACGAGGUCUCUCUCUUGGAGAUGGAAGGAGAGAGCACCGCGUUCACCAAGGAUAUCAAGUGUGUUGCGGAAGGAUUUGUUAUUGAGUGA